AUGAAGGCCACUGUCUGCAAGGAGGUCGGCAAACCAACCGUCAUAGAAGACGCGCCAGUACCUACUCCACAAGGCCGCGAGAUCCUCGUCCGCGUGAAGGCCGCCUCACUCUGUCAUUCCGAUGUGAGCAUUGUGCGAGAUGGAUUCGGCAACCUCUUCUUCCCGUGA